GAGGUUGUUUUUACCUCUGCCUCGCACGGUCGACUACUGUAUGCGAACUACAGUAGUACAGUACAGUAGCCGUGUUAAGAGGAGUUUUACAUUUAAGUUUAAACGGUAGUUUAGUUUUUUAUCUUCAUAUUGCAAUAAGGUAAAGACGGCAUUCGCAACCCUUGCCUGCUAUCGUAUCGAUCCGCUUACGUGCUGAGCUACGCUCGAUUGAAUUCGCGCGCCGAAGAAAAAAGCCGCCGCCAUAGGAACGUGGAGUUUCCACCACCGGCUGUGCGCACGAGGUGUGGGACAACAACAUCGAUCACGGUCACGGACACCUUGGAGGAGCCCAUUGUAUCCGGACGCUUAGCGGACUCGGACGAUCGGCGCAACGACAGAGAGAGAGGGAGGGAGGGAGCGAGAAUUGUCCGGCUCGUGAGUUUGGACCCCGGCAGUCUCCGCUACGCCAUGUCUGCUCAGGAGGACGAGCCGCGUGGCCGUGGCGGACGCGGUGUCCCUGGAGACACCCUAGGAGAGAAGAUUCCUGCGCCGCAUGUGGGGUGUAAGCGAGACCCGCUCCCUUGCUCCGAGAGGUCGGGUGGUGGCGGCGGCGAUGCGAAUGAUCGUUCAAUCGAGCCGACUUUGCAGAGCGCCGACAGCAGCAGAGACCCGAUCAUACGACAAGCUCGGGACCUUUUAAUCAAGUUCAUCGUCGACCGGGCGCUGGCGGAGAAGGGGGCGGAGGCGGCGGCGGCGCUGUCCGCCGAGUGUCUGGACGUGGGCGCCGAGCCGCUGGAGGACCGGCGCGUCGUCGAGGUGGCCGACUGCCUCAAGAAGAUCGCCGACGACCUCGAGAACAACGUUCAGCUGCAGCGACUCCUACAGAACAUCCCCGUCAAUUCCCCCAAGGACUACCUGUUCAGCGUCGCGUGCAGGCUGUUCGAUGACGGGAUUUUCAACUGGGGCCGCGUGGCCACGCUCUUCUACUUUGCGUACAAGCUGGUGAUCCGGGCUUACGCGAGCUGUGUGCCCGAUCACGUGAAGACUCUACUGGGAUGGAUGCUUGAGCUGAUCAAGCUGUACAUUGUUCCCUGGAUUAAACAGCAGGGGGGAUGGGAGGCGGUGAUCGUGUACGUGCGAUGGGCCGCGUGCCAGUCCCGGGUCGUCAAGGUGGCCAGCCUGCUCAUGAGCGCCUUCCUCGUGUACCGACAGCUUAGGAAAGCCUAGAGGUGCCGCCACCGCCGCCACCACCGCCACCACCACCGCCACCGCCGCCACCACCGCCACCACCGCCACCGCCGCCACCACCGCUACCAAGCGGAUGGCCCCAGAGUGUCAACACUCACUCCGCAGGGACUCUUCUCGUUCAAAAAACAAGUUCCCGCUCGAAAAACAAGCUCUCGUUCAAGAAACAAGCUCGCGUUGAGGGCGGAAAUCCUGCUUGAGCGUUGUUGGUGGCGGAAAUUCCACGUUGCCAUGGCGAGCGGCAAGCUGUCACUGCGUGCGACGGCCACUGCGGGCGAAUCCAUGCUGGACUGGAUGCUGAAUUGCCAGAAAGAAACUGUGACGUGUUUUUUCUACUUCUUAAAUUUAAAAACUAAAAUAUUUCGCCAGGAAUAUUGCUUGAGACGGAACAUUUCGUGUGCAAAGGUUCGAUUCAACCGAGACGGGACGGCAGGGGUGGCGCUUGUCAAACGCCCCGUGCUCCUGUUUUUUUGUAAACGAUGCGCCCUACCGCUCGUAAACGUCCACCAGUGUCGCUCGUCGCGUGAGUAACCUUGGAAGGUGAAUCUCACCGUGCGCACGGAGAGAAGAACGAUGCGCUUGUCGUGGGAAAAGGUUGACAACUGACAAAACCUCAUUGUCUAUGGAGUACUAGUAGGCUUUUCUUGAGAGGAGAUGGAUAAAAAAAUUAAUUAGUAAAUUUUACAACAUUGCGUGGGAAAAUUCUACGAUAAAUUAACACCGUAAGGUUUGGCAGUGAAAAUCUGACGAUUAAUUAUUUUCAGAUUUUAUAAAAAAAAAAGAAAAAAAUCGGGCCCAGAAAUGACACUUGGGAAGAUAAAAUCUAAAUCUGGAAUGUUUUAGGAGUAAUGACAUCAUCAACGGAAGUGACGUCACUUAUCACUGUGUGUGACAUUUGUUUACAACGCCACUUGUGCCGCGGUGUUAGGUGGCAUCGGUUGACAUUUCGUUUGUUAGCGUGGAGGAGACAAGGCACAUUCGCAAGGCACUUUUCACUACAAGGGGCACCAGUAGGGAGUUCCACAGUUGGGGAGGGGGGGCGGGGGGCACCACUGUAACCGCUCGAUCACCCCCCAAAUCGAAACCCUACUUGAGGUUGGGAUUAAAGGGCACCAUCAGAUCUUAAGGAUGCUGCCGGGGCAUAGGGUUCUACAUAAUGUCAGCGACACGAAAAUCUAAAACAUCUGAAAUUCUUAAAAAAAAAAUUUCUUCUAAAAUCUGAAUCCAAAGGCCAUCCAUAACAACAACAACAACAACCGCCAUUCGCCACUAAGUGGUGGAGACGUCACCAGGCUAUGUGCACGUCAAGGCCGCGUGAAGUGUCGAACGCCCGCUGGCAGGAGGUCACGGGGCAGACCCACGCGCCCAUGGGUCGACCGAGAUGACUGGCCGAUGCAUCACCUGUGCCUCCCUGCCGUGGCACACGUGCGCGUGGUCGAUCGAGUUUUACCAGGUCGUGCCUCCAGCGACCGCUUUGGCCUUGUUUACGCGGGAAAGUCUCGCGGAGUCCACUCACUUUUCCAGGAGGGUCCUGCUAAGUGUUCGCAGCAGGGAGCUUGACGAUUUCGCCGUGUUUCCCAAUGGAGUCAUGGGGCCAACUCCAUCAAUGAGCGUUUAUUCUGCACGUGGGAGGGAAACCGGAGAAACCCCGCGCAGACGAGGGGGUGGGGGCGGUGUAACGCUCAAUCCCUCGCGGAUGGAAACAGAAAUCGAUCCGCUUGCUGUACUGCUAUAAGAGGAGCUGUUUUUGUGAAUAUUUGAAGAUUCACGGUCGUACAGUUUUGCGAAACGCGUUUCGCUCGCAACAACACCGAGUGUGAGGGUGUGUGUGUGUGUGGGGGGGGGGGGGGGGGUAAUGUCACUGCAGCGCUCGUGCCUGGCUAGGUGCACUUUGAGGCCGUCUCGUGCAGUGUGGAAGGCUGGCAGUAGGUCCACUGGACAGACUCGGCUGUCACAAGUUGAUUGGGAUGUCUGGCAGAUGCACCACCUGUGCCCCCAGCUGUGUAAACUCACUGCGUUUUAGCUGCCCGGCGCUCCGCUCGUUGCUGGAGGGCGACUGCCUCCAACUGCCCUAGUAACCUCCUUCACAAGCCUCCUGCACAGAGGCCAAUCUUGACACCGCUCGUACCGGUCAUUGGCACACACACACACGCAUACGGAGAUUUUUAUGUUUACUCAAUGAAAAAAAUAUUUUUUGCCCGCAAUAUUAUCCCAAAUUGCAAGAGUUGCUCGUCCACUAGGAACUUACAGAGCAGUUCGUCACCUCGUGUUGUUAAACAACCGUCCGCAUGAGCUCAUAUCACAGACCUGCUUCUGAGUUCCCCUUCAAGUGACCUCUUAUCCGCACAGCGAGGAGAAGCACUCGCCCACCUGCCGCGCUGCAGAGGGUAACGCCCAUCGCAUCGCGGUCAAACUGAUAUCUUUAAUUCUCAGAGCUACGAUUUAGGCAAUUUUAUUGCAAACGUUAAUUUAACAUUGUGCAUUUUUUGUGUGUGUGUGUGUGUGCGUGUGUGCAAUCAUUUGUGACUGGUCUGAGACCGCCAACUCGAUUGACUUGAGGACCGAAUUUAUUUGCAGCUCUGUCGAUGCGUGUGCAUGCGUCUUUAUGUGAAUGUGUAGGUCUUUGUGAGGCUAUCGGCCUCUCUGUGUGAUCCUAUGGGUCUCUAUGCGAGUCACCGGUGACCGUACUGAGACCGUCAUCGCCUCGCUCCCCUUGAGAACCCAGUUUAAUAUGUAAUAUGAGGAUAUAUCCGGCUCACUGACGUAUCACAACUCGUCAUGGUGAUUGGAUCUGCCGGUCCUGGUUUACAGCCAAUGGGGGGAAGCCUGGGGGCGUGGCCCUGACGUAAUGGAAAGGUGACAGCUAUAAGGAUUGGUUCUGCUGGCUUUGGCCACAGCCAAUGGGGAGAUGAGUCAGGGGCGUGGUCCCGGGAGCUGACGAGGGAGCCUGGAAGAUUCCAUGCAGGCUAACGAGGAUUGGCGGAAACGUACCACGUGACCCGGGUAUUAAAUAGAGGUGGAGACGAACGACAGGUGGUCAGAACGGGAACGAACAGAGGGGGGAGGCCACGUGGGAGCGGGGCUCCGAGUUGCCACGUGGCAGUGCGUCUCUCUCUCUAUCUGUCCCUCUCACGCUGCCUAUCAGCAGUGUGAAGGAAACUGUAAUAUAAGUUGAAUAAAAGACGGAUUCCAGAAGUCGCCUCAACGAGCUUUAUUACAAAUAGAAAUCGUUUAUUCACACGCUCGCACUCCGGCCAGUCGGAGCAGCCGACACGCCACGGGCUGCGUGUUUCGUUUCAGAAAUACAUUACAAAAAAUAUUUCGAAGGGAAUGGUGGUAAGGGCUACAACUCGUUGCCAAAGAGCGGGAAA